AUGCAGACCAAAAAGCUUGCAAUCCUCAUUGCCUACCUCGCCGGUAGCAUCUUUGCUCCGCAGGCCAGUGCAGAACCAACUGAGGCCCAAGACGUCCCCAAGGUCCUCUUCUGCGACCAGACCGGCUUUAAUCCUCCAUGCAUCACGGAAAUAGCCUCAAUUGGCGAAUGCAUUACUCUCCGUCCUCAGUGGGCUGAUAAGGUGUCUUCCCUUCAACCAAACCGAGAGGCUGGUAUUUGCCGUUUCUACAAGGAGAAAUACUGCUUUGGCGAGUAUAUUGACUUUGAAUACCCCGGCCACGAUAACCUCCCUGCUAUUCCAGGUCGUUGGAAUGACAACAUCGAGUCUUAUGAGUGCUUCGGAAACAACUAA